AUGAACGACCACUUCGACAACCUCAUCGUCGACGACGUCGUGACGACCACUAUCGACUCCAGGCCACCGAUUCCGUGUAACACGACAUACAAUCUCGCCUCCACGGUCCCUACCAUCGCCAGCUCUGCCAUCGCCACCUCCGCCAUCGCCACCUCCGUUAUCGCUAGCUCCGCCCCCGUCGGCCCGACUGCCGCUAUCCCCACCCUCACCGCCACCGCCAUCGUGCUCCAGUCGUCCAGCGCCACGCACCACGAUAUACGUCCAUAUAUGGUCGUGCUCGGUGCAGUCGUGGCAGUCGCGUUUUGUAUGGCUGCGAUGCUCCAGUGGAGGAGCCGGCGGAACAGCAGACGUUCCCAGCAACCUGAUGUCGAGAAUCAGUUGCCACAAAACAUUCAGAGCUCACCGCGGGAGAGCAUCAUCUUGACCCUCGGUUCCGAUUCCUCCGACUCUGCAAAGCUAGACGAGCAGGAUGAGUCGUCCAAUGAGGACUCUCCCGCUGCCUUCACCCCGAGCCCAACGUCCUCUACCUGCUCCCUUGAGUCCACCGCCACCGUCACGUCCUCCACCUUCUCCCUCGAGUCCACCACCAUCGGAACGCUCCCCACCAGCGCCCUCGGGUCCGCCACCACCGGAGCGCUCUCGCCGCGCGCCCACCCAUACGGGGCAGCGGGGGGGCCGGUGAUCGUCCUGUCGCAAGUGCGCGAGUUGAACAAGGCUCAGCGCCCGUGGGCCUCGGACCCCGAGCUCCAUACUCAGGCGGCCCGUGGAACAUCUCCGGAGCUCCCACCGCUGCAGUUCCCCGCGCCGUUGGUGCUUUCGUUCAACACGCGGGAAGAUGCGGCGAGGUGGUCACGGGCGACUCGGUGGUCGGCACCAAAGGCGUUUAAUAGCGCCGGUAAUAUAACUUUGCAUGCUAUGCGUACACCACUGACAUCAACGAUCGAGUACGGAACCUCCGAGUUUUGCACAAGACGCCAAUUCAAGGACAGCGCAGGUGCCGUGAUCCGGGCCGCCGGCCCGCGCCACUGCCCGCACUCCACCUUGAAGCGCGCAGCCACAGCCCCCUGCAGCACUUGGAUGGGACGGCGGAUAUCCCCGGAUGUCGCCAUAACCGAGGUCUCGAUUCGGCUCAGGAAGUCGACGAUGCACAAGAGCAGGGAAGGGUUCGUCGACCCUCACGCGCUGCAGUCCAUGGUUCCUGAGAGCGCGGCCGCGCAGAGGGUGUCGGACGAUCUGGCGAUCGUGGUGGCGGACAUCUACGCGCGCAAGGUCAAGCGGCUGCAGGCCAUCGCACAGGGCCUGACCGGCAGCGAGUAUCUGACGCGUCGGGGGCGCAAGAAGAAUGGGGUCGGUGUGGCGAUGAAGCGUGGAUGCCACGCGGAGGCGGUUCCUUGGACACGAAAGUUGCAGCGUUCCUCGCUCGAUGGCCGUCGUCGUUGGCGGUGA